AUGGGCGAGUCCUGGGCGUCCCUGGGCGCGCGUGUGCUGACGCGUGUGAACUCGAUCUUGGUCAAGGGCUGGCAUGAGCUCGUCCAGGGAGGUGAGAGGGAGACGUUUGACACGGUGUGGCAUGCUGGAGAUGACCAGGUGAGAGGAUGGCACGAUGAGGCCAUGCCAUGCCACGGCAUGGCAUUGACUCUUCCAAGCUUUGACCUCAUGCUGCAACCCAUUGGACAAUAUGGCGAGGAUCUGGACGGUCCUACUCCUUAUGAAAUGGGUGGGCCAAUCUUGAAGAAGAGGAAGAGAAGAGUAGAGGAAUCUUUCAAGGUGCAUAGGCAGUGUUGGGAGCUUACUGGAUGUACAAUAAUGACUGACGCAUGGACUGACAUAAGAGGAAGAGGAGUCAUGAAUCUUGUAGUUCACAGUGCAUAUGGUGUGGUCUUCCUUGAUUCUGUCGACUGUUCAGCUGUGAAGAAAGAUGGAAAAUAUAUAUUUAAACUUGUUGAUAGUUGCAUAGAGGAGAUUGGUGAGAAGCAUGUAGUUCAAGUGGUGACUGACAAUGCAAGUGUGAAUCAAGCAGCAUCAACAUUGCUGAAAGUAAAACGCCCAAAUAUAUUUUGGAAUGGUUGUGCUGCCCACUCUAUUGAUUUGAUGUUAGAGGAUAUUGGCAAGCUUCCAGCAGUUGACGCAAUAAUUACACAAGCAAGAUCUGUCACAGUAUUCCUUUAUGCUCACACUAGAGUUUUGUCCCUAAUGAGGGAAUUCCUUGGCAGAGAUCUGGUGAGGACGGGCAUUACAUGGUUUGCAACAGCAUACCUGAACUUGAAGAGCUUGCUGGACAACAAAAAGGAUUUGCAGAAGUUAUUUAGAUUAGAUCAGAUGGAAGACAUGGGGUACUGCAAAAAGGUGAAAGGCCGAGAUGCAAAACGAAGUAUUCGCUCCGAUAGUUUUUGGGUAGGAGUUGAUAUUGCUAUCAAGUUCUUUGAGCCUUUGGCUAAUUUACUCCGGAGAAUGGACAGUGACAUACCAGCUAUGGGAUUCAUAUAUGGAUCCUUUUUGGAUGCAAAGAAAGAGAUUGUUGCCCGGUUUGAAAAUGAUGAGCAUGAGACUAACUUUCAGGAAGUGCUGGAUAUUGUGGAUAAAAGAUGGGACAGAAAACUAAAGGGGCCACUACAUAGAGCUGGAUAUUUCUUAAAUCCAUACUACUACUAUGAAAAUAAGCUGGACAUUAAGUUAGAUGGAACAUUUAAGGAUGGGCUUGUUGCUUGCUUGGAGAAAAUGGUUUCAGAUGGUAAGAAAAUUGACACAAUGACGGAGGAGAUUCAGGCAUAUCAAGAUGAAGAAGGUUCAUUCGGAAGAGUCAGUGCUAAAAGGCAGCGGAGAAACAAAAGCUUCGACCCAGCUAAAUGGUGGUCCAACCAUGGGUCAAGCGCAACAAAUCUCAGGAUAUUGGCGAUGCGGAUUUUGAGUUUGACAUGCAGCUCCUCUGCUUGUGAGAGGAACUUUAGUGUCUUUCAGCAGGUUCACACUAAGAGACGCAAUAGGCUGCUUCAUGACAAGAUGAGAGAUCCUGUCUUUAUCAAGGCUAACUCCCAACUAGACCAAAGGAGAAUGAUGAAACAAGACAGAGAUCCUAUUGAGGACACAACUUAUGCAGAUGCUGUAGAAAAUGAGCAUAAUGAGUGGAUCACAGGCAUUGUGCCUGAAGUUCUGCAAAAUGCAGAUGAACCUGAAGAUGAACAUGUUGAAGUUCAACAAGAAGAACCAACAUCAGUGCAAACAAGAGCUCGCGGUGCUGCAUUAAAAAGAAAAAAAGUUCAGCGGCCUAGGAAGAAGAAAUUACUCCCAGUAUUCCAUGAUGAUGACCUCCAAUCUGCAAUUUCUUCUACAGAUUCAGAUGAUGAUGUCAAUUCAUCUUCUUCAUCUGAUUAA